UUUAAUCAUCUUAUAUUAUUUGCAAGUGUUUUGAUGCUAAAUAAGUUCAGCGCUUGCGCGCCUGUACCACAAGAGGAUGAAUUGACAUCAGCGAAGAAUGAAUCUUACAAUGGCACUACAGAAGAAGUGAAGGUUAUCCGUCUGCUUCGUGACAUCGAGCAAGAAAUACGACAUUCACCUUUGGGUUUAUUCGAUGAUACUCGUGAAAAUCAGAAAAAUUACACGAAUAUCCCGAACUCGAACACGGUUUACAUAAAACAAACAUCGGGAUUCAAUUCGGUUGUUACUGUGAACCGAACAGGGUUUGUCAACUACACUCAACAGUCGCUAAGUUCUGGAGAUGGUCGCGUCAAAAGACAAGCUGCAGCUGAACAAGCGAUCCGGCUUCCUGAUCCUGCAACAGUCAUGAAUUACAUCGAAAAUGUUCCUAAUUUUUACGAGAAUCUGGUACGAAGCAUCGCAUCAAUGCCGUUCAUCAGCGUCGCUGCAUCGCAUAAAUUUGGCAAGCAGGCUCGAAGUGGCGAUCAACGAAGCCGGCAGCUGACUGACAAUUAUCAGGAAUCAAAAUAUUGUUAUCGGGAAAUCGGCUGCUUUACCUUUACUCGGGAUUUUUACGAUCCUGCGUUGCGCCCUUUGAACGUGCCUCCUGAAUCUAGAGAGGCUAUCGGUACUCAGUUCGAUUUGUAUACGAGACUUCAGCCAAAUCGAGUGACGAUCUACCCACGAAACCUUCAAAAAUUUAAAUCUACGACUUUCAGUGCCAGCCGACCAACCAAGUUUAUAGUUCACGGUUGGAGCAGUUAUGGUACCAUCAAUUGGGUUCAGGAAAUGGUGAAAGCUCUACUAAAACACAACGACUACAACAUCAACAUAUCAAAUAAAUACUUUGUCCUCGCAGGAUACGUUAGUGAGAGGUAUCCUGGAAUCGGCCGCAUCACAGGACUGGAGCCUUCGCGUCCUCACUUUCAAGGCCUGCCCGUGACUGUCCGCCUCGACCCCACCGACGCGGUCUUCGUUGAUGUCAUCCACACUAACAGCCAUCCUGACCCAUACGCAGGAAGCAACGCCCUCGGUUCAGGAGACCUAAGCGGCCACAUCGACUUCUUCCCCAACGGAGGCCGUAUUCAGCCAGGGUGCCUCUCAGGGCCAGACUUUGGUUGCAGCCAUUCGUUCGCCCAGCGCCUGUUCACGGCAUCGAUCCAGGAAGACUGCCCCUUCCUCUCCUUCCCGUGUGAAACUUAUGAUGACUUCCUAAAGGGCAAGUGUUUCUCGUGCUCCGGUCCCCUGGGCUGCGCGCCGAUGGGCCUGAAUGCGGACUUGUGGAAGCCCCGGGGCAAGGAGGGAGUGGCGAUGUUCCUCACCACAUCGGACCAACCGGACUACUGUCAAUAUCACUACGGCCUGACCCUGCACCUGCAACCUGGAGCAGCCCCUGGUGCUUAUGUGUAUGGUCAACUCAACGUAACUUUAGCGGGAAAAAUCAGCUCCAAAAGUUUCCAAGUAACAAAGAGAGGCGCCGUGCGUCUGGAGCUCGGCACGUCGCCGACGUUUCUCCUUCGUCACGGCGACGACCACAGCUCCUGUGACGGCGUUGAGCUGAGCUGGCAUGCGCAGCAGGACGUGUUCAGGCCAUGCAAGGGACGAUGUGAGCCUCACUUGCGCCUCUCGUACGUCACCUUCACGCCUCUGGAUAACCGCGGUGUCCUCACAGGCAUCAGCUCAAGUGUGGAAAUGUGCGCGGAUACGAGCUCUGGCGUCACAAUCGGCAGCGGCGGCAGCGCCUGGUUGCGAAGAUGCUCGAGACUUUGACCUCACAACCAUGGAUCUCGUCUAGUCUUAUUUAAUAACAUUUAAAAAAUGACAAAAGUUGUUCUUACUGUCAUUGUUGAUGCCAUUAGUCGUGUUAGUUUAUGUAAGGCCAGUACUCAGCAGCGGCGCCCAUAGCAUGGAUGCGGCGGAAUGCUUCUUGUGUGAGGCUAAGUUGCCAUCUAGUUUUUAACAUCUAGUUGAUGUUAAAAAAUAAGUACGGAAGUUGCCGUAACUGUAAUUGCAGUUGCCAGUAAUAGUAUUAGUUCAUAUAGUAGAAAAAGUUGUA